CAAGCUUUUUCCCCGUGGUACGAUGAACACAUAGCAGUGAGUGAAAGCAGAAGCAGCCAUCAAUCAGAUAUACCCAUACAUAUAUGUUAGAUUGCUGAAACCCCCUAAUAGUAAUAGUAAUAGUAUGAUAUAAUGGUGUUUAAAGGUAGAUUUUUCUCUUCAAAGAAAUCAUCCGGCACUUCAAGCCCCGAGGGAUCCAACAGUCCUCGAUCUAUUGGUUCUAACUCAAAUUCUCCCAUCAGAUCCGAAAAGAAGAAACCCAAGUCGGCAAGUAAAGAAGAUCAUCAUCGGCCGAUCGGUGGCAGUUCUUCGUUCCGUCAAACUCAAGUCAAAGAUGGCUCAACUUCAACUUCAAACCUAAAGCACCAGAAUCAGACCAGGAAAGACGUAACAGUAGGCACUGAAUCAAAGAUUCAUGCUCAGACUCAGAUUCCAGUCAGCACAAGACCUAGCUCUGGAGCAGCAUCAACAUCAUCCAAGUCGACGCGGGAAUCUGCGGCGGAAGUUCCGCCGACGGUUUCCCCAAUAUUGGCGUCUUCACUUGGGCUGAAUCGGAUCAAGACCAGAUCGGGGCCGCUGCCGCGAGAGAGCUUUCUGGGGUUCAAUAGAGAUAGUAAUAAUAACAAUGCUAAUAGCAAAAUGUCUUCGCUUGGGGCCAGUAAUCUUUCUAAAGCAAAAAACAGCGCAGGUGGUGAUGAGGGUAGCUUCAAAAAGAUGGGGAUUGCUGCUGAUAAGAAAAAGAUACCUUCUUCUUUCGAAAAUGUUGAUCGGGGUUCAUGGGCCGACAAUGUCAGCGCUUCAGACGCCACCACUAAAAGCUUGCUUUCAAGAGAUCAGAACCCCAAUGUUUUAGGCCGUUCGCCACUACGAAAUGUAGAAUCUUCAUCAGAAGCUGGGCGUCUGAAGUCAAGGGGAUACUCUGGAGGGUUGAGGAGCUCAGAGAUUUGUACACCAGAGAUGAAGACAUCAUAUGAUUGUGAGAACCCGAAGGAAUCUGAAUCACCCCGGUUUCAAGCCAUACUCCGGGUUACAAGUGCUCCUAGAAAGAGAUAUCCCGCGGACAUCAAAAGUUUUUCCCAUGAAUUGAACUCAAAAGGUGUACGACCUUUCCCACUUUGGAAGCCUCGAGGUUUAAAUAACGUAGAGGAGGUUUUGUCAAUGAUACGGGGUAAGUUUGACAAAGCAAAGGAAGAAGUAGAUGCUGAUCUUCAUAUAUUUGCUGGAGAUUUACUUGGCAUUCUAGAAAAGAAUGCAGAAAGUCAAGCGCAAUGGCAGGAAACUCUAGAGGACUUACUGGUGUUGGCUCAGAGGUGUGCCAUGACAUCUCCUGGAGAGUUUUGGUUGCAGUGUGAGGGGAUUGUUCAAGAACUGGACGACAGGCGUCAAGAGCUCCCCAUGGGUAUCUUGAAACAGCUUCACACCCGAAUGCUCUUCAUACUCACAAGAUGUACAAGGCUCCUGCAGUUCCAUAAAGAAAGCGGAUUGGCUGAAGAUGAACUUGUUCUUCAACUCCGUCAAUCCCUUCAUUCAGCAGAUAAACGUAUUCCUCCAAGACCCUCAAAACCAAGAAAAUCUUUCAGUCAGGAACAACACGGGAUGCUGGAACCCAAGAAAGAAAAACCCAUACAACAACAUCCUGCAAAUCCUCCUACUGUAGAAAUACCUAAAACCUUGGACUCGGGUAGAGACCGAAUGGCUUCUUGGAAGAAAUUCCCAUCUCCUGGACCUGGACCAAAAAGCCCCCAAGAAGAAGUUGUGGUCAAGGAACAGACUGAUACAAAGUUGGAUGCUAUUAUUGAGAGGGUAGCCAGUGAAAAAGAUGUGGAUCUGACUACUACUACUACUACUAUGAAGCUAUCGCCUGUUAAAGAUUCACAAUCUAGCACGCCUUUUAAGCAUCAGCAUCGAGUUUCGUGGGGGUGGGGGGAUCAACCGAAUAUCUCUGAUGAAACUUCCAUCAUUUGUCGGAUUUGUGAAGAGGAGGUUCCGACUUUACACGUGGAAGAACAUUCUAGAAUUUGUGCGAUUGCUGAUCGUUGCGAUCAGACAGGUAUACGUGUAGAUGAACGGCUUGUAAGAGUUGCUGAAACCCUAGAAAAGUUAAUGGAGUUGAUUUCACAAAAGGAUAAUAGAAGUCCAGAUGCUGCUAAAGCAAGUUCAAGUGUUACCGAAGACUGUGAUUUCAUGUCCCCUAAGCUUAGUGAUUGGUCACGUAGAGGUUCAGAAGACAUGCUUGAUUGUUUUCCUGAUCAAGCUGAUAAUUCUGUAUCAAUGGAUGAUCUUAAAGCUCACCCCUCCAUGUCAUGUAGGACCCGCUUUGGUCCUAAAUCUGACCAAGGAAUGACCACAUCAUCUGCUGGCAGCAUGACUCCUAGGUCUCCAUUGAUGACACCAAAAACCAGCCAGAUAGACUUGUUAUUGGCAGGGAAGGGUGCCUAUUCUGAACAUGAUGACCUUCCACAGAUGAAUGAGCUUGCUGAUAUUGCUCGAUGUGCUGGCAAUACGCCAUUGGAUGAUGACCGAUCUUUGUCGUAUCUGCUGACGUGUCUUGAUGACUUGAGAGUCGUGAUCGACCGGAGAAAGUUUGAUGCCCUGACUGUCGAGACAUUUGGAGCACGCAUAGAGAAGCUUAUUCGGGAGAAGUAUUUGCAGCUGUGUGAGAUGGUUGAUGAUGAAAAAGUUGACAUCUCAAGCACGGUUAUCGAUGAAGAUGCUCCAUUGGAGGAUGAUGUGGUACGGAGCUUGAGAACCAGCCCUAUACAUUCCGGAAAUAAGGACCGCACUUCCAUUGAUGACUUUGAGAUUAUAAAACCGAUUAGCCGUGGGGCAUUUGGGCGCGUCUUUUUAGCCAAAAAGAGAACCACAGGAGAUCUUUUUGCUAUAAAGGUUCUUAAGAAAGCUGACAUGAUCCGGAAGAAUGCGGUUGAGAGUAUAUUGGCAGAGCGUGAUAUUUUGAUAUCCGUCCGCAAUCCUUUUGUGGUCCGUUUCUUUUAUUCUUUUACUUGUCGCGAAAAUUUGUACCUUGUCAUGGAAUACUUGAAUGGGGGUGAUCUAUAUUCGUUAUUGAGAAACUUAGGCUGCUUGGAUGAAGAUGUUGCUCGUAUAUACAUUGCAGAAGUGGUGCUUGCUUUGGAAUAUCUACAUUCUCUACGUGUGGUUCACCGUGAUCUAAAACCGGAUAAUUUAUUGAUUGCACAUGAUGGUCAUAUUAAGUUAACAGAUUUUGGGCUAUCAAAGGUUGGUCUAAUUAACAGUACAGACGAUUUAUCUGGUCCAGCAGUGAGUGGCACAUCACUAUCACUAUUGGGUGAUAAUGAGUCUCAGUCAUCUCUAUCAUCUCCAUCUCCAUCUCUAUCUCUAUCUCUAUCUGCCACUGAGACUCAACAAGAAAGACGCAAAAACCGGUCUGCUGUUGGAACUCCAGACUAUUUGGCACCCGAGAUUCUUCUGGGAACUGGACAUGGUACAUCAGCGGAUUGGUGGUCUGUUGGUGUAAUACUAUUUGAGCUGAUUGUUGGCAUUCCUCCUUUCAAUGCAGAGCACCCUCAGAUGAUAUUUGACAACAUUCUCAACCGUAACAUACCCUGGCCUGCAGUGCCUGAUGAAAUGAGCCCUGAUGCCCAGGAUCUCAUUGAUCAAUUACUGACAGAAGAUCCUAACCAGAGACUUGGAGCUAGGGGAGCAACCGAGGUGAAACAGCAUCCAUAUUUUAGGGAUAUUAACUGGGAUACCCUUGCCAGGCAAAAGGCUGCAUUUGUGCCUUCAUCAGAGAGUGCACUGGACACAAGUUAUUUCACAAGUAGGUACACAUGGAAUAACUCAGAGCAGGUAUAUGCAGCAAGUGAAACAGAGGAUUCUAGUGACGAUGGAAGCAUGAGUGGUAGUAGUAGCUGCCUAAGCAAUCGUAAUGAUGAAGUGGCUGAUGAUUUUGGGGGUCUUGCUGAACUUGAAUCCGGAACUUCUGUCAACUAUUCUUUUAGUAAUUUCUCCUUCAAGAAUCUUUCGCAACUGGCAUCGAUCAACUAUGAUUUACUGAGUAAAGGGUUGAAAGAGGAUCCACAUCCACAUACAAAUCCUAAUUUAUAAGCAUGAUCUCCUCCAGCUCCAGUUCAAAGACACACCGAAAGAAAAAGAAAAAAAAAUGUUUGUUGUUGUUGUCAGAUAGAUAGAUAGAUCACAGAUGGCAGAUGAAUAUGAAAGUGGAGUCAUCAGCUGCACAUGUUUCCUAUGUACUACAAGUCAAGUAGCUGUUAAUGGAAAUCACAUGACAUGAUGAUGAUGAUGAUGAUGAUGAUGGGUGGAAUAGAUAAAAUGUUGGUCAUCGAUCCACUUUUUAGUUCCUACACUUGAUUUUGAUUUUGAUGAUGACUGACUGUCGACUCACUCACAUAGUAAGUGAAGUUGUCAAAAUUGGCAUCCCAUCACAUCAUCAUGAUUUGUUAGUGAACUUUCCCUUUGUUUUUCCCAGCCAGCUAUCCAAA